GCGCCAAGUCGGUCAGCGCAGGGACACAAGAGAUUUGGUCUUCCGGUACAAAGUCGAAGCUCGUGCGGACGCGUACCUCUAGAUCUCUCACUCUCUCUCUGACUGCUAUAUGUGUAGGGCAUCAUCCUAUAGCUCAACUUCAACUUACUACUGAUCUUCAGAGCCACGUAACAGUGCCCAUCUGGCGAAAGUUGGUUCAAGUCGGAUGUAUGGAGGGUGUCGAUAAGGGCUCAACAGGCAAAACAGGAGCAGUAAGAGCAACCUGCACUUGACCUGCUAUGGCUCUGAUGAAACCAACCAAAGACACCAAAUGUUCACCAUACUGGUAAAUUAGUAAGAUGUCGACUGGAAUUGAGCUAGUGGCCAUAAAGACUCUUGGUGGUGAUCAGCCCAACGGUGUAAAGGACAACCCACGACAACGGCCCAUAGUCAUCAUUGGUACUGGCGACUAUGGGAGGUCUUUUGCAGGGCGCUUGGUCAAGACCGGGUUUAAGGUGGUGAUCGGGAGUCGCUGUCCCGAACGGAGCCGCCCGAAUGUUCCCGAAGGUGACGUCUUCGUGACGUCAGUGGCCGACGCCAUCUCCCGAGGGCACAUCGUCAUCCUGGCCGUCCCACGUCACGCGUACUCCGACCUGGCCCAGCUCAGGGGCGAACUGGCGGGAAAGAUUGUCGUGGACGUCAGCAAUAAAGAGAAACUCGACAAAGAGAAGUCCAACGCUGAGUACCUGAGUGAGGAGAUCUUGGACAAGAGUCUUGUGGUCAAAGGCUUCAACGUCGUGUCGGCAUGGUCUCUGGAGAGUGGACUGGUCGGAGGAUCGAAAGAGGUGCCAAUCUGCAGCGACAACAAGGAGGCGAGGAGCGAAGUCAUCCAACUGGCCAAGGACAUGGGCCUCGCCCCGCUAGACUACGGCUGUCUGCGCGCCGCCAGAGAUGUCGAGGCCAUCCCCCUCCGCUUGCUCCCCGGCUGGCGUUUCGCCAUCAAAAUCCUGUUCGCUCUCAUGGCUGUCAUGUCGCUCUACGUCUUGUUCCAGGGCCCGCUUUACAUGUACGUGACCCAAGGCAUCACCAAGGACGUCCAGCACUUCCCUGGCAAAGGCAUGAACAGGGUGUUGGCCUGGCUUGCACUGACGCUGCUGACGCUGGUGUACUUCCCUGGCAUCAUCGCGGCUUUCCGACAGCUCGCCUACGGCACCAAGUACCAACGCUUCCCCGACUGGCUGGACACCUGGCUCAAGUCUCGUAAGCAGCUUGGCUUGCUGGCUCUGUUAAUCGCCUCUCUGCACGCCUGUUUCUCCGCCUGCCUCAUGUCCCCCGAGUACUACUACCACAUGUACGAGUUGGGCCCGGUGAUCGAAGGGAGGCAGUUCUACGGGCUGAUGUUCUGGAGAGGCGAGCUGUUGAUCUUUACCGGCGGGCUCGCCCUGGCCCUGAUGAGCGUUCUCGGCGUCACGUCUGUCCCCUCCGUUCAGAACGGCAUGAACUGGCGCGAGUUCGCCUUCGUGCAGUCCAAGCUUGGCUUCUUCUGUCUCUUCGUGAGCACGGGUCACUGCAUCGUGUACGGCUCGACUGGGUUUACCAAGGGUUACCUGUACGUGUGGUACACACCUCCGCCUUUCCUGCUGGCCAUGCUGCUGCCGUGUCUUGUCAUCCUCCUGAAGUUCUUGCUCCUCUCUCCCUGUGUGAACACUCGUCUGAUGCGCAUCAGGAGGGGCUGGGAAAGCAAGCCCAAGGCUAACCCUGUGUGAUCAUUAGAACGACAUUAUUGUGUUUAC